UUCCUUCCUUUAGUUCGGAGUCUCUGACCUCCCUCCUCGUUGGGUCGCCUUCCACGCCACCCAAGCGAAGAGGAGGAAGGUGGCUCUUCCACCGGGGAAAGUUUCCCGACUGCCAUAGCAAAGCGGUUUUCCGGCUGGCGCCUUGCGUUUGAUUGGGUUUGCCUCCUGGUGGAGAUGUUUGAGUGCCUCGUGUUUUGAGUCUCUUGUCAGAGGAUCCUGCUAAUGGGCUGCUUCCAUUCAAAGGUCAUAAGAGAAUAUCCAGGUUACGAGGACCCAAGGGUCCUUGCACAAGAAACAGCAUUCAGUGUCAGUGAAGUGGAGGCCCUAUUCGAGCUAUUUAAGAGCAUCAGCAGCUCUAUCGUUGAUGAUGGGUUGAUAAGCAAGGAGGAGCUUCAUCUAGCCCUGUUUACGAAUGGUAAGAAGGAGAACCUAUUUGUAAAUCGGAUCUUUGAUCUAUUUGAUGUGAAGCGGGAAGGACUCGUUAAUUUUGGUGAUUUUGUGCGAACUCUUAGUGUGUUUCACCCAAAUGCACCUGAGCAGGAUAAGAUAGACUUUUCAUUUAGACUUUAUGAUUUGGGGGCUACUGGCUUCAUUGAGCGACAAGAGGUCAAGAAAAUGUUAAUUGCCCUUCUAGGUGAAGCAGAGAUGAAAUUAUCUGAUGAGACUAUUGAGACAAUCCUUGAUAAGACAUUCUUGGAAGUUGAUGUCAACAAGGAUGGGAAGAUCGAUAAAUGUGAAUGGCAGAAUUUUGUUUCCCAGUAUCCAUCGCUAUUGAGAAUAAUGAAUCUACCUUACCUCAGGGACAUAACCACAACUUUUCCGAGUUUUGUGUUCAAUUCCAAAGUUGACGAGCUCCCAACUUGAGUAGUUGCUAUGCCCCUGGGAAGCCAUGCCCGUCUGCAUGCAAGGCGCCAGCUUGGAGUCUUUGGUCUUGCAGGAAGUGGUCCAGUUAGUGGUUCAUGGAGAGACCUUGCUUGAGGAGAAAGGGUGGUCUAGUUACUUGUUCGUGGUGAUUUGUGAUGUUAGGGAAGCAAGUAAUUAUUCUCUCGCGAAGGUCGUGAAGGGUUUUGUGGUUCAUGAAUUACAUAAAUACAUGUACGAUUUUUUAAAGCAUAAACGAGCGCAACCCGAAGGGUUGAGUUACGCAAAUGAACCUUUCACAAGGCGCCGGUAACAAAGCGUACUGGUGCUGAUGAAGAGCAUUUGCCUGUAUUGUUGAUGUUCAACUUAUUCAUUGCUUUCAAAGGUCAUUUAAAAUUUA